AUGAGAAGUAUAAUAUCUGUAGCAGUUCUCAUAUACCAAAUUUCAUUUCUUCCAUUAACUCAGUGCAGGGUUUACCUACCAACGGAUGCCAAUCUCAUUGGCCAGACAUGCCUUCAAACCGCGAAACCCGAUCUUUGUGUCUCUUCUCUUGAAUCGGUCCCUGAGAGCUCCGAUGCAGACAUCAAAGGCUUAGCUCUCAUAAUGUCCGACAAUGUACUCAAGGGCAAAGCACAGGAUGCUCUGAAAGAAAUCAACGAGCUGAUUAAGCAGACACCUAUAUCGAGUAACAAAGCCUUACUUGCAUGCGCAGACUACUAUGGCACGAUCAUAGAAUUUCAUAUCGAAAAACAAGCGCAUGAUGGAAUUACUGGGAAUCAGCCUAGGAAAGCUGCACAGCUAGCCAUGGAUGAUACCGUCUAUUUGGUCAAUGAAUGUAACAAUGGUUUGGGUUUUUCACCUAGCUCUCCUCUAACAGUUAUGAGCGCAAGUGUGGCUGAUAUUGCGACCAUUACUAAAGCAAUAGUGCAGAUAUUGUCGUGA